AUGAGUUCGAAUUUUCUGGUUAAGUUUUAUCUGUUUAUUUCAUAUUAUUUUCUUUUCAAUAUGAUGUUUUUGGCCUAACCUUCUAUUAUUAUAAUUUCUCUAUUGUAUUUUAACUUGAAAUUGGAUUAUAAUAAUUACUUUAAAUUAGAAGUUCAUGUCUAGCCAAUGUCAUUCUGUCCAAAAAAAUAGUAAAUUUUUAGGGAAACAAACAAACCUAAUCCAAGCCCAACUCCAAGGAGAUUUCAUCAGAAAUUCUUCAUAGGUUAAAUCGCUUUACUAUCGUAGUAUUCAUUUAUAUCUACUCCUUUAUCCGGCAAAAUCAAAUCCUUAAGUGGAAUUUGCUCCCCAGAAACUCAAAACCUAAAUGAGAAAAUACAAGAAGAACUUAGCCCAUUGGAUGAUGUACCUAACUAUCACUUUCCCAAGAUGUUUAACAGAGAGGAGGAUAAGAUGUAAUACUAAGUUUAAACUAUAUAGUUUUUUGAAAGUCAAGAAUCCUAAAUGCUUGAGGCUAUAUUAAACUACAAGAAGCAAUGUUGGGAUAUCAUCUUACCAAUUAAUGAGUUUGUAUCAGAGGAGAGUUGUCAAGGAUUUUGGAUCCUAAAAAUAAUUACCAAAAAGUAUAUAGAACUCAACAAUUACGAUAAUGACAAGGAACUUGUUCAAUUUUGUUUGAAACUAUUAAAUAGAAAUCUUCAUAUAAAUCAUGAUGAUAUUGUACUAUAGUUAGAUGGAGGUAUUCGAAUUAACCCUUAUUGCUUAUUUAAGAAGGUUUCAAUUAGAUCAUCAAUCUCUAAUCUUCUCAAAAACCUACUCUUUGAGCAUAAAAUCUCAAAUCGCCUACAAAUUUUCCAAGCUCUUUUUCAAGAUUUUGAAAACAAAGAUCUAGACUCCUUAAAAAGACAGAACCAUAUAGAUUUUUAGUUCAAAUAUCUGAAAGAGACACUAAUAAAUAAAUUAUUAGGAAUUAACAAAUGA